AUGUAUGAGGAUUUCGUAAGGUCUCCCAUUCAUCAGAAACAAUUAGCUGAAGAUGAUGACUGGCUCCUCCUUGUCAGCUCCGAUCACCAGAAGAAGGCAAGGUUUGCGGUGGUAACUGGUGGUGCCAGAGGCAUUGGUGAAAGCACUGCUAGGCUUUUCAUCCGACACGGCGCGAAGGUCGUUCUUGCCGAUGUACAAGACGACCUUGGCCGAGCCAUAUGCGAAGACAUUGCCAAUGAUGAAGUGGUUUCCUAUAUCCAUCCUGAUGUUAGCUGUGAAUCCGAUGUUGAAAACGCCGUAAACACUGCCAUGGCCAAGCAUGGUAAGCAGGACAUAAUGUUCGGCAAUGCUGGAAGUACAGGGAAGGGUAACCCAGAUCCAAGCAUUUUGACAACCGAAUACGAUGACUUCAAGAGGGUUUUCGACGUUAAUGUGUUUGGUGCAUUCCUGUGCGCCAAACACGCAGCAAGAGUGAUGAUUCCAGCAAAGAAAGGAAGCAUUCUGUUCACCUCAAGUGUUGCUUCAGUGACUUAUGGUGAUGUCGCCCAUGCCUACACAGCCUCAAAACAUGCUGUUGUGGGACUUACCAAGAACUUGUGUGUGGAAAUGGGGGAAGUAUGGGAUAAGAGUGAAUUGUAUUUCUCCUUUUGGAGUAGUAUUUCUUCUUUUGGAGUAGCUACUCCAAUGCUAAUGGAAGGGCUAGGUGGGAUGGAGAAGGGAAAGGUAGUGGAAUUUGUGAGUGAAAUUGCAAACUUGAAAGAGGCGAUUGUCGAGGCGGACGAUGUGGCGGAGGCGGCGGUAUACCUCGGAAGCGAUGAAUCCAAGUACAUGAGUGGGCAAAACCUUGUCAUAGAUGGGGGUUAUAACCUAACCAAUAUUGCCUUAAGAGAGGGUUUGAAGAAACUGUUUUCUUCUUGA